AUGGGGUCCCAGGUGCGAGCAGCGUCCCGCUGCCGUGACACAGGCCCUGUUUUUGGCAAGGUCGCUCCUGAGGUGAUUGAGGACAUGCUGAUCCAUUUGGCCACGGAAAAUGAGAGGUUCCUGAGCGAGCUGUCGGAUCAGGCCGGAUGCUUCAAAGAGUCACAGAUAGUGGAAUUUAUAUUCCUCUUGUCUGAAAAAUGGCACUUGGGCCAAUCAGCAAGGUACCAAGCGGUGGAGUUACUUGAAAGGUUUAUGAUCAAGCAAGUGGAACAAAUCUGCAACUCCUCCAGAGAGAACGUUAGAAGUGGUGAACGAGGGCAAGGGAGCAGCCGGAGCUCUCUGCAGGAUCAGAUAUACAGCACGUUUGUCCUGCGGCUUGUGUCGUGCGUCCAGCUUGCCAGCAAGCUCUCCUUGCACUACAAUAUAGUUAACAGCGACACAGCUCUCAAAUUUCUGCAGUCCUUGAAGUACUCCUACACCAAACAGGAAUUGCUCGAGUCGGAGCUCGUCAUUUUAAAAACUCUGCACUUCCAGAUCGAGGUGUCAACUCCUUUGGCUUACGUGGAAUUGCUUCUCGAGGUUUUAGGACACAACGGCUGCCUGCUUCCUGCAGAACCGUUACACCAGAUGUGUGUGCAGCUCCUGGACUUCUCCUACCUCACCAGAGACACCAUCUACGGCACUCUGUUGAAGAUUGCCAUCGAGAAUUCGACACCAAACCAACUGCAGGUAACAAAGUUUUUGACAGUCAAGGAAGAUUUCAUGCUCCUGGCCGUGGGAAUCAUCAGCACAAGCGUGUUCAUACUGAGCACCGGGCACUGGCAGCAGGUGGUGGAGCACUUACACCGCAUCACUGGCAUUACUUCGCAAAGUAUCUUGGAGUUCUCUUACGCGGUGCUGAAACACGUCGUGGGCGGUAGCGCUCCGAAGCAGCACCGCAGGGACGGGGGAAGGACGGCUCCCGGGGACAGAGCUGUGUCUCUCAGAUAG